AUGGGUUUGGACAGAUCUCCUGGAAAGGAAGCCCAAGGAGCAGGUGAAGGUGUCAGCCUUGUGUGCGCGCUGUGCCAGAAAGCCAUACUGACCACGGAUGAGGUAUUCCGUUCGGUUUGCGAGCACGAGUUCCAUCUUCCCUUUGACUCAGUUCAAGGUAACGCACACCCUGACGGCAGUCCUCAGGCGAACGCCUCCGAACGGGUGAACCGUUCCGUGAUUGCUGGUAUCCGGGCGUACAUACGACCCGACCAGAAGAACUGGGACGAGUGCUUAAACAGAAUAGCGUGUGCGUUGAGAUCGGCAAGACAUGCCAGCGUAGGAACGACUCCGUAUUAUUUGGCUUUCGGUCAACACAUGAUUACAAGUGGUUCGACAUAUUCGUUAUUGAGAAAAUUGAACAUGCUAGAGGAUCGAUCGUUGGUGUUCGAUAAGCAAGAUUCCUUUGAAAUAGUACGCCAAAGCGCUGGAAAGCAAAUGCAACGAAGUCACAAUCUGAACGAGAAGCGAUACAACUUACGGUCCAGCGAAGUAGCGUUUGCAGUAGGCCAAGAAGUGUUUAGGAGAAAUUUUAAACAAAGUUGUUUUCAGUCCGGCUACAGCGCCAAGUUUGGGCCUGCCUUUGUGAAAGCCCGUGUCCGCAGAAAGAUAGGAAAUUCCUACUACGAAUUGGAAGAUUUGCAAGGACGCCUGCUGGGUAACUACCACGCAAAGGACAUACGACAGUAAUAAGUCGCUUCAUGUGGUAUCAGCCUAGGAGAUGUAACCACCCCUAGUCUGAUCUGGUGGAGGGGCUUUGUAGGGGUCAUGAAUCGACUCAGUAUGUGUUGGAAGGCGCCUUGCUGAUCAGCUGCCUGGACAGCUGACCGCAGAACGGACAAGUGUAGAAGUCAGCCGAGGUCAGGGUUGCUCAAUUUUGACAACCUAGAGGGCGUAACCUCCCCAUGCAAGAGUGCAUGCAAAUGACAAGCGGCCAGAUCAAGUUUCCGGCUUCGAUCUUUUCCUGUGCGACAAUCAAGCCAACAAGACGUGUUUUUAUA